UGAGUUCUGCAAUAUUUUCAUUUCGCGGUUGUUAGUGCACGUCCAUGUUACAAAAAUAGCUAGAUAUAAUAAUCUACGACCAUUGUCGACAAUAUACUUCGUAUUUUCAAUAUGUGAUUCGGAAAUCAUGGAUGUGUCAAUUUGUGUUUUCGUUAUUAUUGAUUUGAUGCUAUGUGUGAAGUGCACUUUUGCGUGCAGCAGUGGAUGGUACGGCGAUGGUUGUGUGUUGGAAUGUCCAUCUAACUGCAGGGGAAACGUGUGUGACGUCACACAAGGAACGUGUUCCAACUGUACGGACGGGUGGACAGGAAAUUACUGCGACCAGCCAUGUUCCCUGGGUACUUUUGGUAAAGACUGUGGGCAAGUGUGUAAAGGUCAUUGUAAAGAUGGCUGUAAUCACGUGACUGGGAAAUGCGACAAAGGUUGUGAGGACGGCUGGUACACAGAAAACUGCAACAUUGGUUGUCCAAGAGGAUCAUACGGAGCGGGAUGUAAAUAUAGAUGUGGUCGCUGCAGAGAUGGUGUCGGAUGUCAUCACGUGACCGGAUACUGCGUCAGCGGAUGUGAGCCUGGGUACACAGGCCAGGCCUGUAACAACGUAUGCCCUUAUGGUCACUACGGCGAGAAGUGUGAGAAAUUCUGUGGGGCGGAUUCCAGGUGCAAUCCAGUGACAGGCGAAUGCUGCGGUUGUACGGAGUUACUGAAACUAGUUGAAGAGAGAGGGGGAAAUCUGGACCACAAGAGCGAAGUAGUGAUUGGAUUGGCCGUGCCCCUGGGUGUGUCCCUGGUAGUCAACUGCACCCUAUGUCUAGCAACCUGUUACUACUACAUCAUUUAUAAAGAGGAGAUCGGCAAAAGAAAGGGAGAGAACUUCCUUAAUUAGAUUGAUACAUAUCGGUUCGGAAAAUGUGAAAAUAGCAACAGAUGAAAUGUUAACUCAUUGUGCAACGGCGUAAGAAAAGAACGAAAACUUAAAAAAAAAAUCAGGUUCUACAAAUCCACAUAAAUUCAGGUAUUUCAAAUCCAGGUAUUCUGCUGAUGUAAGGAAUUGUAUAGAUCACUGUCAUAUAGUUAGUUUUUCUUUAACAAACACUGUGUAAUUUUAUUUAUUUUUUAUUUUGUAAUCAUAAGAUAUUUCAACGAAAAUUUGUUUGUAGAGCACUGCUAAAGAUAGUGAGUGUCACCUGUGAAAUGUCCACAAUUGAUCAGAAAAUGCAGCUUUCGUGUCAAUUUGUUUAUGCAAACGAAAUAUGUCAUGAAUGAACAGACUUAUUUUUGAUUAUGUCGUCUGUGAAGCAUAUUUAUUGGGAUUGCUUUCUCUGUCAUGUGUGCGCCCGUCCAUCUCUCACACCCUAGAUUUUUGUGACAUGAUAAUAUACACCACGAUCAAUGACAUCAUGAUAUUACAAGCGACAUAUGUGCUUCUUGAUACAUCCGGAGUUGAAUGUUUUAGGUUAUAUUUAUAGGAAUACAAUUUUGAUCUCUACAUUUAUACUCACAGAUAAUAAAGAAAGAUGAUGUACCCUUCCUAUACUGUGCUCCACCGUUGUUAAUAUUGUAUGUAAAAAGUUUUUUCCAGUGAUAAAUAUUUUAAUAAUAUU